AUUGUAAACUUAAUUACAAUUUCGAUUAUUCUCGUGACGGCUCGCAAGCCAAUAUCAUCACAUUAGAAAUAUCAUCACUCAUUGUUCACUCUAGUCUCUUCCCACUUUCUUAUUUCCGCUUUCAAUUUGACCAGAAGAGCUUUCUUUUAGAUCUUUGAUCACAUUUUUUGAUUACCCAUUUCUCUUCUCACCACAAGUUUUGUGAUCAAGUAGCUUCAGGGAGUGCUUUAAGCACUGAAAGAACGGGAUUUAUUUUGCAUACGGGUUUUCCGGUUUGGAGUUAUUCUCGGAUCUGGGUGUUUCCAAUUAUGGAUCUUUUUUGACUUAAGACAUGGUCUAAAGUCGUCUGAGCUUUUUAAUCUCGCUUUGAUCAGAGUUCUUAUUUGUUACAUUUUGUGGCCAUGAAAUUUUGGGACCAUUAACAAAGUAGUUUUGCCUUUUCUUUCUCCAUUAAAGAUUCCAUUUUUGCUGAGUUUUGAUUUUUUAAAAAUUUGUUUCUUUUUUUUUUUCCUGUUAGAAUCUUCUGAGAAUCGUCUGGUUGUUUUGGUUUAUUGAUAAAUUAAUUCAGCAAUGGAAUCUUGCUGCAUGGCACUCAAGGGUAAUGCCAAUCUGAUUGAUGUUAGCAAAGGUCGUAGUAAUGGAGGCAAUGUUUUCUGGGGUGAGAGUAUCAGGGGAGGUCUUAAAAGCUGGGAUUUUGGAACACAAUUAUGGAAGAGUUUGAGAGCCGAAAAUGGUGUUAAAAAAGCUAAGCCUGGAGUUGCUUACUCUGUUCUCACCCCAGAUAUUGACAAGGAGACUCUGAAGUUUCAGGCACCAAUGUUUGACACUCCACAAGCAGACCCGAAAAAUGUGGCUUCCAUCAUAUUGGGUGGCGGUGCUGGGACACGCCUGUUUCCUCUCACUAGCAAAAGAGCCAAACCAGCAGUUCCAAUUGCAGGUUGCUACAGGCUGAUUGAUAUUCCAAUGAGCAACUGUAUCAACAGUGGGAUAAAAAAGAUAUUUAUCUUAACUCAGUUUAACUCCUUUUCCCUCAACCGGCACUUAGCUCGGACAUACAACUUUGGGAACGGUGUAAAUUUUGGAGAUGGUUUUGUGGAAGUGCUGGCGGCCACUCAAACACCAGGAGAAGCAGGGAAGAAAUGGUUCCAAGGAACAGCUGAUGCUGUGAGGCAAUUUGUGUGGGUCUUCGAGGAUUCCAAAGCCAAGGAUGUGGAGCAUGUGCUGAUUUUGUCCGGUGACCAUCUUUACCGGGCAGACUAUAUGGAUUUUGUGCAGAAGCAUAUUGAUUCAAAUGCUGAUAUCACAGUCUCAUGUUUGCCGAUGGAUGACAGCCGUGCAUCAGAUUAUGGAUUGAUGAAGAUAGAUGGAACAGGACGGAUCAUCCAGUUUGCUGAGAAACCGAAGGCCCCCAACCUUAAAGCUAUGCAAGUUGAUACCUCCAUAUUAGGGCUAUCAGCACAGGAUGCUUCAAGAUAUCCAUACAUUGCAUCAAUGGGUGUAUAUGUGUUUAAAACUGAUGUCUUGUUAAAGCUUCUGACACGGAGCUAUCCAUCAUGCAAUGACUUUGGCUCUGAGAUUAUACCGUCAGCUGUAAAGGAACACAAUGUACAGGCAUAUUUGUUCAAUGACUAUUGGGAAGACAUUGGGACAAUAAAGUCCUUUUUCGAUGCCAAUUUAGCCCUCACAGAACAGCCACUAAAGUUUGAAUUUUAUGAUCCAAAGACACCUUUCUAUACAUCUCCAAGAUUCUUGCCUCCUACCAAAGUUGAUAAAUGCAAGAUUGUUGAUGCCAUAAUUUCACAUGGUUGUUUCUUGCGAGAAUGUAGUAUACAACACUCUAUAGUUGGUGUGCGUUCACGUUUGGAGUCUGGCGUUGAGCUUAAGGAUACCAUGAUGAUGGGGGCAGACUACUACCAAACUGAGUCGGAAAUAGCAUCUCUGCUAGCAGAAGGAAAGGUUCCUAUUGGUGUUGGACAAAAUACAAAGAUCAAGAAUUGCAUAAUUGACAAGAAUGCCAAGAUAGGAAAAGAUGUAAUUAUAUCAAAUAGUGAUGCUGUUCAAGAAGCUGAGAGACCAGAAGAUGGCUUUUACAUUAGGUCUGGGAUCACAGCCAUAAUGAAGAAUGCAACAAUCAAAGAUGGAACCGUUAUAUAAAAUUUUGAUUUCUUCCAUAGGUUGCUCUGUUCGAUUCAGCCGGUGAAGGAAAGCUGAGAGCCCUAGUCUGCUGCCUUCUGCUGUUUUGCAUUAAAAAUAUAGGAGUAAUGCUUUGUAUAUGUAAAAUAUAGGAAAGUUGCUACGCAAUUUUCAAAUCAACCCAAAUACCAUUGGCUUUAUUUAUGUCUUCUUGAAUUCAUUUAGUAGUGCAAAAGAACGUAGCUUACAGAACAAAAAAAGUUGGUUCAUCAAAUUAGUACUUAAA